AACAUUUUAAUCGGUUUACUAGGCACAUCGUCAUAAAUAAAAGGGAUUGCGGCAUUAUAUUCCAAUGAAAACUUUAAAUUUCAUAAAAAUGAAAGGAAUAUUAUUCUUGCUCUUCAUAUUAUGCGUUAAAGAACGGAUGAUGACGGUCAAUGCGAAAUGUCCAAAAAACAAUCAAUGUGGAAAAGGUCAAGCUUGUGUUCAAGCAGAGGCGUUCUCAGGAAUGAAUUGCAAACCAUAUACAGAAGAAGGAAGGAUGUGUUCAGUUGGAGAUGCUAAAGAUAAUGAUGGCAUAGUUUACCACUCUUAUCCUCCAUGUAAUCCUCAUCAAAAUCUUAAAUGUACCCAUAGAAAUGGCAGGACAGCCUGUUACCCUACGAAGAAAGGAUAAUGAUUAUCUCUUCACUACCAGAACAUCAUUAAUAAAAAUGCAUAAAAAAAUCACUGUUUUUUUUUUGUUUUUUGUUUCAUUUAUAAAAUGUAUAUUCAUUCUAAAAGCUUGUUUUAAAAAAAUAUUUUCUCGAGUUCGAUAAUUGCCAAGUCGAAAGUAGGCAAAUAGUAAACAAAGUUAAAUGCAUCAAACGUACAAUUUUAUUCUGCCUCAGGCCCACGAACCUGAUAUUACUCUGUGGUUGAUAAAAAAUAUUUAAUCCUUGGUUUCUCUUCAAGCUCGAUCAAAUAUUGAUCGAGCUUGAUAUUGAUCAAAUAUUGAUAUUGCUCGAUAAAAUUGAUGGGGUAGUAGUUUGGAAGCUAAAUAAAUUUCAUGAUUUAACUUCCACUUUUUUUCAUUCAUAAAAUGCAAAAUAAUUUUUUCAAUCUACUUUCUUUUAAUUUUCUUUAAAUUUAUCAUAAAAUAAUGCAUUGUUUGCAUAUCAAUUCUAUACGUUAAAUAGGCAUAAUCUCAAAAAUUGUACUUUUUAUGCUUGAAAUAUUUAUAAAUACCGUAAACUCUACAUUAUUAAGCCUAUUGACGCGAUUUUGGUUCCAUUUAGUUUGAAAUAUGCUUGAAAUAUUGAUGAAUCUUGCAAACUUUACAUUAUCUGUAGCUAAUCUACGCAAUUUUAAUCUAGUUCUGCGGAUCUCUAGUUCUAUGUUGGAUUGUGCUCUCUAGUUUUAUUCUCUAGUUCAAUGUUGGAAUGUUCUUGAAAUAUUAAUAAAUCCUGCAAACUCUA